UCUAAACACACUAUCAAUGCUAUUCAAAAUGUCUUCUUGCGGCUUUAGUCUCUUCUACAUCCUAUUUCAGCACCUUAAGUCUUGCUUUCGAAGAAACAAGGUUGAAGCGAUUGGUGGACCAAAUUGUUGCCAACACCAUGACUUCCAGCAACCCUAUCGACGUUCCACCCACACAGGAGAAACCAAGCGUGCCAGUGCUGGCCAAUGUGAUCCCUGGCUUCACAAUAGCCCUAAUGCACCUCUACAUUGGUGUGCCGCACCCUUGUCUCCAAGACAUGACAUGGAGUCUCAAUGCCGGUCACCGAAUGAUACAGAAGAUGAAAAACACGUUGGAGACUUCUCAUCAUCGGAACACAAACUGAUUUCCACUGAUGAUUUCCAGUCUCAGAGGCUUGAGGUUAAGACGCACGCACUUGCAGUAUUCAAGGAUUGGAAAGAAAGGAUGGAGUAUAUCACACCGCCAGAGAAUGGACUGCUCCCUCAACAACGCCUCAAACCAUCGCUUGGGCAGACAUAUGAUGAAUACGACAUCAGUGACGAUGAUUUGGCUGUGAUAUCACGUCCCACUCGCUACUUCAGAGCACCAUUUCAUCUUGCCUGUCCUUUUUAUGUCUAUGAUCCUGAAAAGUGCCACCAAUGCCUGCUCACGAGCGAUUUACGAAGUACUGCGGAUGUGAUUGAACAUCUAUUCAAAUUUCAUUCUCGUCCAUGCUGCUGCUUAAACUGUUACGAGACAUUCGACACGCAGAUUCGUCGCGACGAUCAUGUUUUGAAGGAGAAAUGCCAAGAGCGUACUCCGGGUCCAUUGUUUGGGCUGUCCGAGAGCCAGAAAUCGAUGUUACUGGAGACGGACACUCACUGCAAUAGCGAAAAGACACGCUGGCUUUGUAUUUGGUCUAUCGUGUUUCCAGACUCAAGGGAGCCCGUCUCCCCGUAUCUGGGCCAGGGCUCCGGAUUAGCCGUCUCCAUGAUGCGCGAUUUCUGGGACCUGUAUGGCUCUAAAUGCAUCCUGAACUCUUUGAAGCAUCAGAGAAUACCACGAUACGAACACCAGAGUCUUAUGGGUAACUUGUAUGAGUUGGUUUUGGAGGACCUAUUAAUAAGUGCUUGACGAAUUCAAUUACGCAGGGAUGUCACCUGUAUGACUGAGCCUUGAUGCUUGGCUCUUGUAGUAAAGGCAUGGACUUUCUUUGUAUCACACAAACCACAAAUGUACUAAGUAGCAUUGUUAAUUUAUAGUUAAAGGUUAUCCUAUUUCAAUGAGACA